GGCAGAUGGAGGUUAUUCGUUUUCUUACCGCCCGUUUCCUCCGCCCAGCCCAGUGCCCAGUCAGCCCAGCACCGCUGAGCCAACGGACACGUCUCAGAAAGCUCCGUUGUACCCAGGCGGGCCGCGGGAGUCAGUUGUCCGAGCAGCUGGUGGCCUACUGCAGGGGAGAGCGGAGGGGAGCACCGCGGGGUUUCGGGACACGGAGAACCGAGCGACGACAGUCGCUGGAAGGCAGCGAGACGGCGAAAAAACAGUUAAAGAGAAGAGUGACAAGCUGCUGUUCUCCUGCACCAGAAACUGAGUGAUCUCCAGCCAUGAGUCCCCGCUGCAGAGUAAACUUCAACACUAUGAUUUUCCUGGUGGUUCUGCAGGGGGCAGCAGUGGUGAUGUUCUGCAACUGGUACAUUCAGAUAAGCCCCUGUGACUCUGCUCCCCCUAAAGCCAAAACUCACGUUUUGCUGCUGUCGUCAUGGCGAUCGGGUUCAUCCUUCCUGGGUCAGGUUUUCAGUCAGCACCCGUCUGUUUUCUAUCUUAUGGAGCCUGCUUGGCACGUGUGGACCAAAGUGCAGAAACCUGGGGCACGAGUUCUCCGAAUGGCUGUGAGGGAUCUAAUGCGGAGCGUGUACCAGUGUGACUUCUCAGUGAUGGAUGCCUACAUGCCUGAAAACUACAAUGUUUCCACCUUGUUUAUGUGGUACCAGAGUCGGGCACUGUGCUCGCCUCCAGCCUGCUCCCUCACACUGCGCAGUCAAAUGAGCAAUGAGACUCUGUGCCAAAAUAAAUGUGAUGCCCAAGGUUUAGAGAAGGUGGAGGAAGCCUGUCACACUUACAGUCAUGUGGUUUUAAAAGAAACUCGAUUUUUUGAACUGGAAUCCCUUUACUCCCUUUUGCAAGACCCCAGUCUGGACUUCCGCAUCGUUCAUCUUGUUCGAGACCCUCGGGCCGUGAUGAGGUCAAGAGAGGAAUCAGCCAAAGCCUUUGACCGAGAUAACGCCAUUGUCCUGGAGCAGAGAAACGUUCCAGCAGCCAAUGUGCAGUAUGAAGUCAUGCAGGAGAUCUGCAGAAGCCAUGUGCGGAUCAAUGAAAGAGCAAUACUGAAACCUCCUCCGUUUCUGAAAGGCCGCUACAAAAUGAUUCGGUAUGAAGAUGUUGCACGCAACGCACUUAAAGAGAUCAAUGAUAUUUAUGACUUUGUAGGUUUAGAGAUGACCAGUGAGAUGCAGGAAUGGAUCUACAGGGUGACCCAUGGAAAGGGGAAAGGCAGCAGGAAAGAGGCUUUUCAGAUCACUUCUAGGAAUGCCGCUGAUGUCUCGCAGGCUUGGCGCACCAUGUUGCCCCACAACAAGGUCAAACGCAUUCAGGAGUUGUGCAAAGGCGCCAUGUCGCUGCUCGGCUAUAGGACAGUUGACAGUGAUAAAGAGCAGAAGAGACUCAACAUAGAUCUGCUCGUUCCACGGGAACCAUAUGAGUUCAGCUGGGUUCCAGCUAAAACACAGCAAACAGGAAGCAGUUAAAGCAUGCAAGUCAGAUUAUCGCUCAACGACUUCACAGAUCUGCCUCCUGUUUUAGCUCCUCAGAUGCCACAAUCUUAAACGAUCUAUAACAGUCUAAUCGACCUGCAAACACUGCGGUUGUGAUCAACUUUAAAGCGUGGCUUUGUGAUAUACAGACACCCCAGACAUGCAAGAUUUAAGGAGAAGGGAAAGCUAUGUUUCAUGACAGUACAGUAAGUAUGUGUAUGACAGCGGGGAAAAAGACUCAUCAGUCUAGGGUUUUUGUUCACAGUUGCCUUGAAAAAGUCACAGUUGAAGACUGAAGAAACAAAGACACAAAUAGAGCUUGUUUUCAUUGCUUUCUAUUUUUCUAAGAUUUAAGGUCAGUGACGGAUUCAUUUCUCGGCUGUGGCUUUUUAUUUCAUUUAAAACAAGUGAAGUUUAAUCUAAUCCUAACAAAGCCUAAUCUAAAUCUUAAUCUCUUAAUCUAAAGCCUAACAAAUGUAAAUAAAACCCAUGAAGGUUUUUUAAAAUUUGGUCUCUUAACUAACUUUUAUAUAUUUCAUUGGGCUUUUUUGUGAUGGAACAACGAAAAUACAGCAGAGUUGUUAAGUGGAAGGAAAAUGAUAGAGAAAAAAAAUCAAAAUCUGCGAAAUGCAACGUACUGAAUUUAUUCCGCUCUCUAAUUUAAUACAUCUAGUCAUAGGCUCUGAUUCUCAUAUAUUUUUUUUCUGGACUUUGACUAGGACAUUCUAACAUAUAAAUAUGUUUUGAUCUGAUGAUGUUUGAUGUUUAGGAUCUUUGGCUUGUUUGAAGGUGAAUGUCUCUCCCAGUCUCAAGUCUUUUCCAGCCUCUAACAGGUUUUCUUCCAGUAUUGCCCUAUAUUUAGCUCCAUCCAUCUUCCUUGUCUCUGCUAAUUAAAGGUAAACUCACCACCACCAUGUUUCACAGUCACCAUAAUGUAUGGGACACAUUUAACAAUCUUACCACCAGAGAGAGGCCAGAUUGUUGAGUGCAUGACUAACAGUUGUCCUAUUAACAGAUUCUUCCACCUAAGCUGUGAAUCACUGCAGCUCCUCUGAAGUUACCAUGGGCCUCCUGCUUUUUGCAGUAUUAGAGUAAAGGAGGUUGAAUACAAAUGCACAUCCAAAUUGUUCGAUUUAUUUUUUUUUUUUGCAAGAGCCUUCGAAAGCAAUGCUUAAUUUUUCCUCCACUUCAAAUUGCUGCAUUGGGUUUUUGUAUGACAAAAAAACCAUCCCAGUAAAAUACAGUGAGGUUUGUGGUUGUAACGAGACAAAAUGUGGAAAAAGUUAAAAGAUUCAUGAAACACAUUCUAAUGGUAUAUGCUAAUUAGCAUACAGAGUUUCCUGGAGUUUCUACUGCUAAGGUUGAGAAACUUACCCAGACUUAUGGAAACUCAAAGGUCAAAGGUUAAUCAGGGCUGCACUGGGUCGACACAAAUCUGAUUUACCUGAAUUCAAAUGCAUUGCUUUGGUUUGUGAAUAUCCUGUCUCACAUGUAAUUUAGUGAUUGUCCAGUGUUAAGCCGGAACAUAUUAAUGAGACAUUUUUGGAGACCUUACAAACCAACAUCUUAUCUUGGAAUUUAAAAGCGCUAAGUGGCAAGCUGCAAUUUGCCACAUAGAUGAAUGACUUUCUUUUUGAAACAAAAUAUUUUAUUCAAAAAACUAUAUUUAUUCUGGCAGUUGGGUAGACCAGCGGUGUCUAGAUCUAGUGCUUGAGGACCGUUGUACCGCUUGUUAGCACUGCUCAGGCACAGCUAAUUCAGAUGGCUCAGUUAUCCUUAUUAUGUGAUCUAGUUGAGCAGAGGCCUCAUAAUAAACUAUUCAUUUAAUUGAAGUGUAUUGAACCAAUAUAAUAAUAGACUUUAUUUUUGCUGUAGUUCUAACCAGCACUGUUACUCUACCACCGGUAGGCAUCAGCAAUUUUUCCCAACAACUGUGUCAGCCGGAUUUCCCUUUUGAAAUUAGAAAGCGGUGGUGAAUGGAAGCAGCUGAAAGUCUCAGUUUUAUUCAGACAAUCAUCCUGUCUUCACUAUGAGGGUUUAAUUACACUACAGUAAUAUAACUUUCAAAAUGUUAUCCUGAGGGUGCCAUGUGUUACGCCCCUCCAACUCUAUAUGUCUUUCUACAGGUGGUUUAACUCACAACAAUGUUUUGUUUAAAAAUAAAAGGUCACUUUAAGAUAGUACCAAAUAUAUUGUGGACAGAAGUGAAGUCAAAAUGCUGUUACUCAUUUGGCUCAGACAUCAAGAAAAACAAGGAUAGAUGUGUUAACUUAUUUGAUCUGAACUUUAAAGUAGUUUUGUGGAUGGUGAACUAAAUAAAGAAUCAAAUAAAGGAGACCAGUGCCCACACAGCUUUUGGAGCGGUUAGAGCCAUUUAACAGCUCUAACGACUUUAACUGAAAUUAACUCAGUGCUACUAUGGGAUUAAUUUAUUUUCACUUUGUAAUUAAUACCCUAAAACAAUAUUGUUCAAGACUACCUCAGCUUAAGUUUCAGUUCACUUUGAACUAUUCACGAUACGUAAAGAACAUUGCUGAACGCUGACAUGUCAGACAGAAUCCUCACCUGUUGGUGACAACAUUGUUGGUUCUACGUUGAAGUCUGGUAUGCAAAGACAGCUGUGACGCAUGACAGUUUUUAUUAUGGUAACACUAAAAAUAUCUCAGACAUGUAUGGAACAAUCAAGGUACACAAACAAUGUUAUGAUAACAUAUCUCUCUUAUGAUGGUAUCAGGUAGUUUCUGUCUUUAUCCAGGGUACUAUUCUGUUCUCAGUGGAAGGAAAAUGAAAGAAGUUGAACAGAAUUGGUUGGAGCUGCACUUAGCAGCUUAGCAUUAUUGAAAUAGAACAUUAUGAAAAAGUUCAUUUAUUUCAGUAACUCAUAUGCACAGGGUGAAUUAUCUUAACUCUUUAUUUCCAUGAAUUUUGAUAAUUAUAGCUUAAGGUUCACUCAUCCCAAAUUCAGUUUCUCUGAAUAAUUUUCAUGAGACCAAUAAUGACAAACAAUUUUUUUAUAUAUAGAAAUGUCCGCCAAUUGAAAAAUAUGUCCAUGAUUAUAUGAGUCACACCAACCUCAGGCAACCUCUAAAGGGAAUGAUUACAUUUAUUGCUUGCGCACAUUUUACAAACACACUUUUUCCUUCCACUCAACUACCCAUUAAUAUGCGUGUAUGCAAUACUCUGAACAUCUAGCUUCUUCUUUGACUGGCUUACCCACCUUGUGGAGGGUGUCAGUGACUGCCUGGGGGCCAACUGUGAUGUCAGCCGUCUUCCCAUGGUUGUGUUGACCUUAACAUAACUUUUCUAUUAGAAAUCCUUUCUUGGAUAAUAAUCAGAUUCAGGAUUUCUUUGGAGUAGCUGUCAGCAAUAAUCAUAAAAAUGAAACAAAAAUGAACAAUUAAAAUAUAUCAUCUUGUGGGUGAUGAAUAUGUAUAAUAUGAGUUUCACUUGAAUGACUGAAUGAUAUUUAAGUUUUUGAUCAUAUUUUAAUUUACGGAGGAGCUUCCAGGUGAGUUUUUCCUGGAGAUAAAAACUAAGGUUUUACAGCAUUAUUCUCAUCAAGUGUCCAGAAAUGUGGUUCAUUUUAGGUGCUUUUUAGUUUUUUUGUUCUGAAUCUUUAGUGAUUUAAUAUCCAAACUCUACACCUGGUUUGUUUUUUAGGUGUAGGAUUUUUAUUUGGACUGGAAAACAGCCGAGUCUUAGUGGACCGUAUUUGUAUUUUCAUAACUGUUUGUUCAAUAUUUAUAAAGAAUCAAUGUCAGAAAUUAACUCAUUUUAAUUUGAAAGUUCAGAUGUGUUGAAGAGGUAGUUGUGAUUUUAGUGUUAACUGAGUCGGACCUUUAAGGUAUCAAAGCAUGAAGAGCUUCAGCAUUCAUUUUUAAUUCUCACAUGCAACUAGAAAUGUGUUGACUGAAGUAAUAUCUGCUGUACCAGUAAAACUAAAGCACCAGAUUUCUGUUGUGACUGAACAAAAUGUGGAUGUAUAAUAAGAAGGCAAUAUUUCAGUUUUAGAAACUUAAAGUUGCACUAAUAAAUGUAUCUAAUGGAGAGGUCCACUGGGAAUCAUACCUGUUGUUUGAGUUUAAACCUGUUAACUCAUGUUUGUUUCCAUUGUCUUGUUUGCAUUCCUUUGUAAAUUAUUGUUUUUGAAACGUUUUGAGUCACAAACUCAUUUGUUUCGAUUAGUUUAAAAUAUAUAUUUUUUCCAAAUGUUUUAUGGUCAAGCUGAGUAUCUUUAUGUCACCUGCUUGGUUUUGCCUCCUUUGUCAAUUGUGCAGUUUUUCAAAGUAAUUUUGUACCUUUUCUUUCAUCUGAUUUCAUUUCUCAAAAUAAAAUGAUGUCUUCUACUAGAUUCUCCGACCCAGGGGGUCCUCUGCUCUCUACAGAUAUUAGUCCAUUCAUGCUCAUGUUGUUUUUCAAACAAUGUGGAAUAUAUUUAAAGAAUUAGUGCCUUAACGUAUGUUGUUUUAUGUUGAUUAAAAAUGAGUCAAAAAGCA